AUGUGGCGCGUGGUCAUCAGCAGCAACGAGCAGUCGCUCUACCAGAGCCAGCAGCCGCCGCCGCCGCCUCCGGCCGCGGCGCCGGCCAACUACCUGCAUCCGUGGCAGCCGCCUCCGCACACCCACCACCACCACCAACAGCAGCAGCAACAGCACCACCAGACGCAGACGUCGGCCAGAUCUCUUGGCGACAGCGACUGCGACGACGAUCUUUUCUCGGAGAACGACUCCAAGGACUUGUGCCAGUCACCGACCGAGGGCAGCAGCGGCUCCAGUUCCUGCGAGACGAUGACUCGCAAACGGCGGCGCGGCGUCAUCGAAAAGCGGCGCCGUGACCGCAUCAACAAUUCUUUGGCUGAGCUGCGCCGCCUCGUGCCCUCUGCCUUCGAAAAGCAGGGCUCUGCUAAAUUGGAAAAGGCUGAAAUUCUUCAACUCACAGUUGAACACCUCAAGAACGUCCACGCCAAAGGUGGCAGUGGAGUUGGCGAGGAACGCGUGUCAAUGGACUACCGCGGUCUCGGUUUUCGCGAGUGCGCCGCCGAGGUGGCUCGUUAUCUGGUCAGCGUCGAAGGAAUGGCCCUGGAAGACCCCCUGCGACUGCGUCUCCUCUCGCACCUGCAAUGUUUUGCGGCGCAACGCGAGAUGGCCUCAAAACAGGCGGCCGCCGUUUGGCCCGGCACCCCGUCGGCCUUCGCGCCCCCCGAGCCCCUCUACGCACCCCCUGGGGGCCCCGAGCACUUUUACCAGCCACCGCCGAUGUCGCAGCCGCCACCAGGCAACGCCCCGCAAUCCUACCACCCUUCGCAAGGUCCUCCACCCCCGUCGGCUAAACCUUACAGGCCUUGGGGAGCAGAACUCGCGUAUUGACCAGUCAUUGAAAUUUUUGUAAAAGUCACAAACGGUGCCUCUUGUUGUUGCCAGACGAGCGUUCCUUUCUCUAGUCAGCGCCUCUCCACCUUCCCGGCGAGUUUCUAUCUCGUGCCUUUUUUGAUGCAAAUGUGGACUAUUAUUAAUUAAUUAAUUUUGAACACACACACACAAA